AUGUCCAUUGACUUGAUUGAUCGACUCUUGGCACAUCCCAACUUCAGAUGUAGAUUCAAUCAUGUGUUGGGCAGUGCCAUUGUGGCUGGCAACAAGGAGGUCAUCGAUAUGAUGUUGGGGCCACUCCCCAAGGACACACCAAUCAGAACGUUCUAUCGAUAUGCUCUGAGGCAGGCGGCAUUGGUCGGUGAUCUGGACAACAUCAAGAAGAUAAUGAUUAUUAGUCGAGAGGAGUUAACAGUCUAUGACAUUGGCUCAUUGAUCGAUAGAGUUGGAGUAUAUGGCAGCUUGGUGACAGAUGACGUGGUCAUGGAGUUGGCCAAAUCCAAAUCAAUCGAGUCUCAAAUAUACACUUUGUUUACAAAGGCCGCAUCCAAAUCAACCGCACUGUUCAGGUUUGUUAUGGAGCGAAUAUCCAGUAACGACUUGCUUCACAAGAUCAACAUCGUUGACAUAAACACUGCCUUUGAGGCAUGUGUCAAUCGUGGUGACAACGAAUCAUUGGAACAAGUUGUCCAACUGGCUCGCACCGCAUGCAGCACAUCAGCACUCAAUCAUCUGUUUGACUAUGGUCAUUACAGUGUGGAUGACAAUAAGUCUCUACAGUUGAUGGACUGGGCCUGUGAGAAUGGAAAGCUGGACAUCAUGCGAAUGAUCCAUCAACGAUGCACCACACCAACACAACUCCAAAGACUUCUUCCAUCAAUGAAGGCCAUACAUUGUGCAUCUGACAACAAUCAUCACAAGUUACUCAGUUAUCUGUUUGAAGGUGAUGUUGAUGUUGAUGGUCCAACAAAUCCAAGAUCACAGACAGUAUUCCAACGAGCAGAGUCCAUGAUCAACAUAACCAUGUUGAUCAGAGUAGUUCGACUUCAUUCAUGUGCGAAUGGACAUCUCCGCAUCAUCGACAUGUGUGAUCGACUGUUGGCACAACAACCAAUCAAUCAAUAA